AUGGCGAAUUCUUUUUGGGAAAGUAAUGGGGUUUGGAAGAUUAGGCAUCCAAAGCCGCGCAGACGAUCGGGGUCGAGCAUAGUGGUCCUAGGAGCCGAAGAGGAAAAGCGACCGCCCCCGGAUGACGACAAAGACAUGCUCACGAUGCUCUCACUCACAUCUGAUACCGGUCCCCACCGCGAGAUGGCGGUGGACGUUCCGGACAGUUUCAUCGCGAGGAACAAAACGCCUCCCCGGUACCCGCCCCCUCGGCCUCCGCAGGUACGCCUCCGGACCUCCAGGGACGAUGAGCCUCUUCUCUCAUCCGGUGGCUCGGGCACCAGCUUUGGCAGCAAGCAAAGCACUGUUCUGCACACUAUCGAUAUCUCCACGCCCAGCUCCGACGGGUCAGGCAGCUUCAAGAACAAUAGCACCAUAGAACUACUGUCCCUCCCACAAAGCUCCGAUGGCUCCGGUAGCUUCGGCAGCAAGAAAAGUAAAGGGUCCUCAGAAACAGCCAAAUGUGGAGACCUUAACUCGGAACGAUCCGAUUCCGUGGCCUCAAACACCACUCACAACUUGAGCGACCACAAAAUCCAGCUCUUAAUAUCAAACGGCGAGGAUUCUUUGAUAGAUUGCAGAGAGGGAGUCACAUACUCAGCACGGACAGAUUCUGUGUUGAUCAGGGAGGCUGUGUACGCGUCGUACAAGCUUCCUCCUGGCUUUGACACGACGCCAGUGCUCCUCGGGAGGGAGGUGGCCGUGGAUGUUCCUGAUACAUUUGUCCAAAUUGUGAAAACGACGCCUAAGUACCCGGGUACCGCUACCGUGGACAGAAAGAGCGUGGCGUUCCAGCAGGUGAAUGGGACGGCAAAGACGGUGGCGCCAGCGGUGCCCCCUCGCGACACCGCGCGGGAUGCACCGCCCCGCCCACCAGCACACGACAAUGUCAGCAAAGAACAGAUGGACUCCAUCAAGAAGUACCAGGAAUCCAAUAACCGCAGAAUAUUUCACGUUUUGUAUCACUUAAUAUUCAAGGCUAAGAUACACUAUGUGAUUGUGUAA